GGCGGCCAAGAUGUAAUCGCACAAGUGCAUGGCUUUUAUCUUCGUUUGUGACUUAAUUUAGAGCUCUUCCUCGUUCCCCGCAUCAUGGCCACCAGCCAACUGAGAUGGAUACAAGCGCUUAUGGUUAUGACAUUUUUGUUCACAGCUCAGAUGGCCGGGAGCAGCAGAGUUCGUUUGGACGGAGCGGGACUGGAACACCAUGGGCGCUCAUUGAAGCAGACUUGUUGGCCAGGUAUAAGGGCGAACUGCCAUUCAAACACACAAGUGGAGUGCGAAGUGGGGGGAGUGGCAGGAUGUAGCUGCUUGGCCAUGGAGGCUUGCCUGCCCGAAGUCUCUGGUUGUUUCAUAGUCGUCAAUGGCAUCUCCACUAAGUCAUGCGGCUUCUGACCACGCCACCGCCGAACACAAUAAGUUUGAUCGUUGAGAUUCUUGUGCCCUUGAACUCUAUGGACAAUUCCAUUCCAGUUAAGUGUUCUGAAAGUGGGUGACGGAGUUCGGUCCCAUGAGUGCUGACAUUGUUGCGAGUGAAUACGCACAAGUAGUAUGUAAAAAUACAUAGUCCUGAGACAUACUCUCAAUUCUGUCUGUGAGUUAGUGUUUUCUGUCUGCAUGGGUGUGCUCUCGUGCACUGAAUCCUGGCUAUGGUGUUUGUCCCAUCAUUCUCACCGUCUCCAUAAUUUUGUCCAUCCAUAACGUGAUUUCUGCACCUAAACUGCAAUGCAGGGAUUACCAUCGAACAAAGGAUUUCUCUCUCUCUCUCUCUCUCUCUCUCUCUAGUUGUUGUGUGUGUUCUUGUGAAGAGAUACAACACAUUUUCCAGCCUGACCCACAUUACAAACACGUGCUUUUCCUACUGUUUGCAUAGCGUGUAUUUCACAGUAUUCCAUAAAAAAACAAAGAAUGGCAUGUUCAUGUUUUGUAGAUCACUAACAAAUAAUUUACAAUAAAAUGAAAGGAAUUUAUUCCUUACGUUGAAUAUUUUCA